AUGAGGGCAGGAGAGGUCGGCACCAAGGAGAGCAGCUGGCAGAAGCCAGGCAUGCGCAGAAGAGAACAGACAAGCCAGAGCCAUGGUCCACCUACCCCUCCGACCACCCCAAAGACAGAGCUGCAGUCGGGCAAGGCAGACCCCAAGCGGGAUGGGCGCUCCAUGGGGGAGGGCGGGAAGCCUCACAUCGACUUCGGCAACGUGGACAUCGGUGAGAUCAGUCACGAGGUAAUGUCCAACAUGGAGACCUUUGAUGUGGCCGAGUUGGACCAGUACCUGCCACCCAACGGGCACCCGGGCCACGUGGGCAGCUACUCGGCAGCCGGCUACGGGCUGGGCAGCGCCCUGGCUGUGGCCAGUGGACAUUCCGCCUGGAUCUCCAAGCCACCGGGUGUGGCUCUGCCCACGGUCUCGCCACCCGGUGUGGAUGCCAAAGCCCAGGUGAAGACGGAGACCGCGGGGCCCCAGGGCCCCCCGCACUACACCGACCAGCCAUCCACCUCGCAGAUCGCCUACACCUCCCUCAGCCUGCCCCACUACGGCUCUGCCUUCCCCUCCAUCUCCCGCCCCCAGUUUGACUACUCUGACCAUCAGCCCUCAGGACCCUAUUACGGCCAUUCAGGCCAGGCCUCUGGCCUCUAUUCGGCCUUCUCUUACAUGGGGCCCUCGCAGCGGCCCCUCUACACGGCCAUCUCUGACCCCAGCCCCUCAGGGCCCCAGUCCCACAGCCCCACGCACUGGGAGCAGCCAGUAUACACGACGCUGUCCCGGCCUUAA